UGUGAGGCCAAAUUUAAUAUAUAACAAGGUCAGGGGUCCAGAUAUGAGUAUACAGACAGGCUCUUGAACACUGGCCAGCAGGGAUCCUUUCUGGGGGGGCCCUGGCGCUCUAGUCCACUGCCCAAAAGGGGAAACUGAGGCACAGGAAGGGAGGGUCGAGGUUCAGGGUCACGCUCUCACCCUGCCCUCCUCUUCUCCUCAGCGCCCCCACCGCCUAGUUCUCCCUCAACCUGCAUCCUUCAUUCCCUCCCAAAUUUGUCUUAACACUUUCUCGGGUCCCCAAGAGCAACAGAGGCCCCGCCCCGGACCAUGCUAAUGAGACGCCGCGGGUCCCCGCCCCACGGAUUAUGCAAAUGAGGCGCUCGGAGGCCCCGCCCCUCGCCCCUUCGCUGAGUCUGCGCGGCGCGGCCGGCCGACGGCGUCUCCCACCGCUCCGUCCGCCCGCGGGGCCUGCCGUCCGUUGGUUCGUCCUGCCGCCCAGGUGACGUCUAAGCGGAGCGGGGCCUCAAACCGUGACAGCCUCGACCCGAGCAAGCUGCGUGGAUGGGGCACUGGACCCAGAGUGCCUACCCUCACCUUCCUGGGCCUCAGUUUCCACAUCUGUGCAAUGGGGGUGACCAUCCCUGCCCUGCUGGCCGCCAGGAGCGGCUGCCCGGCCUUCACCAUGGCAGGAGGGAGACCUCAGCCGAAGAGGAGUUUCUCCAUCAUUCCCUGCUUUGUCUUCGUGGAGUCAGUGCUUCUGGGCAUCGUGGUCCUGCUUGCCUACCGCCUGGAGUUCACGGACACCUUCCCCGUACACACCCAGGGGUUCUUCUGCUAUGACAGUACCUAUGCCAAGCCUUACCCAGGGCCUGAGGCUGCCAGCCGAGUGCCUCCUGCACUCAUCUAUGCCCUGGUCACUGCUGGACCCACCCUCACGAUCCUGCUGGGGGAGCUGGCGCGUGCCUUUUCCCCCGCGCCACCCUCAGCCAUCCCCAUCAUCGGGGAGAGCACCAUCGUGUCUGGGGCCUGCUGCCGCUUCAGCCCCCCACUGCGGAGGCUGGUCCGCUUUCUGGGGGUCUACUCUUUCGGCCUCUUCACCACAACUAUCUUCGCCAAUGCGGGGCAGGUGGUGACUGGCAACCCUACGCCGCACUUCCUGUCCGUGUGCCGCCCCAACUACACGGCUCUGGGCUGCCCACCGCCCUCACCGGACAGGCCAGGGCCCGACCGCUUCGUCACUGACCAGGGUGCCUGUGCCGGCAGCCCCAGCCUGGUGGCCGCUGCGCGCCGUGCCUUCCCCUGCAAGGAUGCCGCCCUUUGCGCCUAUGCAGUCACCUACACAGCGAUGUACGUGACUCUGGUAUUCCGCGUGAAGGGCUCCCGCCUGGUCAAACCCUCACUCUGCCUGGCCCUGCUGUGUCCCGCCUUCCUGGUGGGCGUGGUCCGCGUGGCUGAGUACCGCAACCACUGGUCCGACGUGCUGGCGGGCUUCCUGACGGGCGCUGCCAUCGCAACCUUUCUGGUCACCUGUGUCGUACACAACUUCCAGAGCCGGCGGCCCUCUGGCCGAAGGCUCUCCCCCUGGGAGGACCUGGGCCAAGCCCCCACCAUGGACAGCCCCCUCGAAAAGUUAAGUGUGGCCCAGGAACCCGAGGCCUGCAGGCCGCAUUCGACACCGGCACGGCUCACCCCAUCCAAGUCGCAGAACUGUGCCCGCCGUGGCCACCUGAUCCCCAGCUGCGUGUCCUCCAGGGCUCCAGCCAUGUGUUCGUCGCCCCGUGUGCCCCGCCCUCGAUUGAGGUCUGAGCCGACGCCCCUGCCCCUGCCCUUGCCCCUGCCCGCACCAGCCCCCAGCCAGGGCCCCUCACCCUCCUCCCCUGGACCUGGGGGGCCGGGUGGGGGUGGCGGACGUGGUCGGAAGUUACUGCUGCCCACGCCCCUGCUUCGGGACCUGUACACCCUUAGCGGACUCUAUCCCUCCCCCUUCCACCGGGACAACUUCAGUCCUUACCUGUUUGCCAGCCGUGACCACCUGUUGUGAGGCCCCACCACCCUCCCAGAAUCAGCCAGGCCCCCAUUCCUUCCCUGCCACACGUGUGUGUGCGUGUGCCAUGUGAGUGCCAAAGCCCUCUGUGCACAAACCAGCCAAGCCUGGACAUUAGAGGCUGGCUGGAAGGACAUAUGGGGGGGCGCCCCCUGCCUCUCUUGCCCUCUGAGACAUCCAAGUGGGCAUAACUGGGAGGUGGGCCCUUGCCCCAGGACUGCUCUUUUAAGGGCCAAAACCUGACCCCAUUGGCCAUUGCUCAGCCAAUGGGAGCCCCCAGUUCUAAAAUUUCUACUUAAAAGGCGUUUACACCAACCAAUGGGAGCCUCCCUUCACAUCUUAGACUCCUCAGGCUAGAGGGUAACUCCAGUUAGUGUUCAGCGUCUGAACAACCAAUAGGAGUCCUUGGUUUUCAGAAUUUCUAGGAUGGGUGGGUAUGAUUCCAGUCAAUGGGGGACCGCCAAUGCCCAAGCACGAGCAAAGGAGAGGAGGAAGAUGGGGUCAUCCUUUGUCAUCGAAUCAUCUCUCCAAGUCAGAGAGUCCAGCUGGAGCAUGGGG